AUGACUGCAAUCAUCACUCCAAUGGACAUCAAUGAUGACGAAGAUACAUUAUCUGACACUGAUACUUGGAUCUAUAACGAUCAAGAUAUUGAUUUAUCAGAUUAUGAGAUAAACGAUAAUAAUUGGCGAUAUAUCUUUCAAGAAACAUUAAAUGAUGUGCAUGAUAAUAAAUUAGAUGAUGGUGCUCGAACACUUCUAUUCGAUAGUCCAUGUAAAAUUCGUAUAAAAAAACUUGGAGAUACACCUUAUACAUUUCCAUUAUCGAAUACACUUUGUUCUCGAAUUAUUUGUGAACAUGGUAUACCAUUAUCUCUAUCAAAUAAAUAUGAUUUUUGUGGUACAAAAAUUGUUAAUACAGCAUGGCAAAUUGAUCAUAAUUCUAUUGAUUUUCCUCUUCCAUUUUCAGCUGCUGUUCGAGCAAGUACAUUUGAACAACUUCAUUUAAAUACAUCAGAUCUAAAUGCACAUUUUGAUUUAAAUCUACAUAAACUUAUCAUAUUUGGUUCAUGUCCACAUACAAAAAUUUAUAAUUUUGAUGAUAAACUUUUCAUUUAUCAUGCUACUAUACUUGUUUUUUUACCUUCACAUUAUACAGGUGGUAAUUAUCGAUUUAUAGAUGAUAAUAUUGAUGAAGAUGAUACUCAUAGAUAUAUUUUUAAUCAACAUGAAUCAAAUAAUUCAAAACCUUUUAUUCUUGUUGUACCAUCGGAUUGUCAACAUGAAAUUGAAUCAAUUGAAAAAGGAUUUAAACUUCUACUUGUUUAUCAUCUUAUUUCAAAAACAAAUUCAAUUCAUCAAUUCUAUUCUCUUCUAUCAAAUUCAAAUUAUGAAUUAAUGAAUAUUGAAAAUAUUUUUCUAAUUCAACGUAUUAAACGUAUAUUUACUUAUUGGGAAAAAAAUCUUGAUAAAAUGCCAAAUAAACUUAUUAUUCCUUUUCAACAUUCAUUAGAUUAUUCACCAUAUUUUUCAAUUCUAUUUCGUGAUAAAUAUCGAAUAACAUUUGAACUAAUUAUAAAAGCUAUGAAAUAUUUAUCUUCAUUUUUGAUUUAUUCAGCUAUUUUUCAAUAUGAUAAAUCAUUGGUUAAUAGAUCUAAUUCAAGAUUUUUUAUUCAUGAUCUUAAAUUAUUAAAUCCAACUAAUGAAAUAACACUUGAUUUAAAUUCACAACAUGAACGUACAGUUAUACCUAAUGAAUUUCUUGGUGAACUUCAUAUUUAUGUCGAUGCAUUUGAACAAGGUGUUAGUCAACAACAACUUCUCAAUAAUGAUAAUAUAAUAUUUCGUAAUAAUAAUACAAAAUAUUAUGUUCUUGUUCUAAUUCCUUAUCAAUAUCAAUGGGAUUUAUUACUUGAUGAUCAUUCAUUUGCAUAUCAUCAUUUAUCUUAUAUGUUUUCUUUACCAACAAAUUCAUUAAAUAAUUUAUGUUUAGAUUUAUUUGAUUGUAUUCUUCGUGAUAAAAUUCAUUCGAUAUAUUCAUUUGAUAAACUUAUUUAUUAUAUUAUACUUCUUCGUAAUCGUUUUGGUUUAACAUCAAAAAUAAUUCAAUUAAUUAAAAUUCUUUUUCAAAAUAAACAAUUUAAAGAUGAAUUAUUUUCUAAUAAUAAUAAUCUUAAUUAUUGGGUAAAUCGUUUAGUUGAGUCAUUUUCUAAUUGGUCAAUGUUUUCAAUAGAAUUUUUAAAUUUAUUUCGUAAAAUAAUUAGUUUAUCAAUGGCAACAAAACUCAAUGAAAUUAUACAAUUUUUAUUACAAUUUUCAAAUAAAAUCUUACAAACUUUAUUUAUUAAUAUUUUACUUCGAUAUAUAUUUAAACCACGAGCAUAUUCAAGACAUAUUUCAUUAUCAACAUUAUGUUCAAUUUUUCAUUUAUUAAUUAUUGAUGGUUCAUAUUCAAAUGAUUCUUUAUUUAUUCUUGCUUAUAAUAUUAUAAAACGUAUAAGAAAAACUUCAUCUGAAAAUGAAAUUAUUGAAAAAUAUUUUAAAAUUCAUUUAAUACCAAUGCUUAUUAAUAUAUAUCGUGAUAAACAACAUAAUUCAAAUAAUUCAUUAUCACCUGCAUUUAUUCUUAUUUAUGAAUAUUGUUUAAAUACUUUAAAUUAUUAUUGUUCAUCAACAUUAUCAUCUUCAUCUUCAUUAAAUAUUAUUUCAAUUAAUGAAGCAUUAUUAAUAUGUCCAUGUACAUCAUGUGCUCGUUUACAAAUGUUUUUAAUUGAUUCGAAAAGUUCAACAUUAAUAUUUGAUUUAUCAUCAACAUUAAUACCUGAUCAUUGUCUUCGUUAUACACUUAGUAAAUUUCCAAUGUUAUCAAUUGAAUAUAAACAUGAUCCAUGUACAGGUCGUGAACAAACUUUAAUUAUAUCGAAAUGUGCAUAUGAACAAGAACAGAAACAACUAUGUUUUCAUCUUCGACGUUUAUUAAUGAACUUACAUAGAAUAUAA